CACGCACUUCCACUCCUUUCCUCGGAGAGAUCCGAUUCUGUGAUUCCCUCCAUCUCCAUGCAGACGCCCUUCCUUUUUUAGAGAGAGAAAAUGUGUAUCCCAGCAGGGAAUUAUCAACUAAUUGAGAAAAUGUGUACCCAGUUGGGAAUUAUCAACUAAUUAUUGUGAAAAAGUGGCCGAUACUCAUUUCUAUAUAAACACAAAGUAGAGGAUUGUAUAAAAAGAGCGAGGAGGCCCGACACCCUCCCACUCCGAAGCAGCGGCACUUAGGUGUUUGGUCUUGGAUCGAGGGUUUUUUUUAUUAUUUUUUAUUUAUUUACAAACCCCAAGACAAGAUUAAAAUGAUUUUUUUUUUUUUCCCUUUUGGUUCCUCUGUUUUCUUAGCAACCAAACAGAGCAAAGGUUUCCAAUGAUGUACAAAUUGAAGUAUACACGCCGUCACUUUUGAUUUGAAGUUUUUUUCAUUCUUUCAUCUGGAUAGGUAGAGAAGGAGGUUGGCCAUAAUGGCUUCCACGCCGGUGCAACCACAGUUCAUUGCAAGCACUGGGAAUAGAAGUUUAUCAAAUGCGCUACUCAUCGAGAAUCCCGAAUCUGAUCAGAUUGUUGUGCCUGAUAGGAAAAGCUGGAAAAACUUAUUUGCAUAUAUGGGUCCUGGGUUUCUUGUGUCUAUUGCAUAUAUUGAUCCUGGAAAUUUUGAGACUGAUCUCCAAUCAGGAGCACAGUACAAGUAUGAGUUACUUUGGAUCAUAUUAGUGGCCUCAUGUGCUGCCCUCAUUAUUCAAUCCUUAGCAGCCAACCUGGGGGUAGUAACAGGAAAGCAUUUAGCAGAGCACUGCAGAAUUGAAUAUCCAAAGGUGCCUAACUUCAUCCUAUGGGUUCUUGCUGAAAUUGCUGUAGUUGCAUGUGACAUUCCUGAAGUGAUUGGAACAGCCUUUGCAUUGAACAUGCUCUUCAAUAUUCCUGUGUGGUGUGGUGUUCUUCUUACAGGGCUUAGUACAUUGGUUCUUCUAGCUUUACAGCAAUAUGGGGUUAGAAAACUUGAAUUCUUUAUUGCUUUUCUCGUACUUACAAUUGCUGCAUGCUUCUUUGUGGAGCUUGGCUAUGCAAAACCCAAUUCUUCAGAAGUCUUGCGUGGACUCUUUGUUCCACAACUCAAAGGAAAUGGUGCUACUGGUCUUGCAAUUUCCCUCCUUGGUGCUAUGGUUAUGCCGCACAAUCUCUUCCUUCACUCAGCAUUGGUGCUUUCCAGGAAAAUACCACGAUCUGUUCGUGGCAUCAAAGAGGCUUGCAGAUUUUAUAUGAUAGAAAGUGGCUUUGCUCUUAUGGUGGCAUUUCUCAUUAAUGUCUCUGUUAUAUGUGUAAGCGGUGCAGUUUGCAGUUCCUCAAAUUUGAACCUGGAUGAUCAGGAGAGUUGCAAAGAUUUGGACCUGAACAAAGCCUCAUUUUUACUCAGAAAUGUAUUAGGCAAAUGGAGCUCAAAGCUUUUUGCUAUUGCUUUGCUAGCAUCUGGUCAGAGUUCUACGAUCACGGGAACAUAUGCAGGGCAAUAUGUAAUGCAGGGCUUUCUUGAUUUACGUCUACAACCAUGGAUCCGGAAUUUUUUAACUCGAUGCUUGGCAAUAAUCCCAAGUUUAAUUGUUGCAAUUAUUGGUGGCUCGUCUGGGGCUGGAAAGCUGAUUAUCAUUGCAUCUAUGAUCUUAUCAUUUGAACUCCCUUUUGCUCUCAUUCCACUUCUCAAGUUCACCAGCUGCAAGACUAAGAUGGGUGCAUAUGUCAAUUCGACCAUGAUUACAGCCAUCACUUGGAUCAUCGGUUCCCUUCUCAUGGCCAUAAAUAUAUACUAUCUUGCAUCCAGUUUCAUCAAGUUGCUUCUUCACAGCCAUUUAAAGCUGGUGGCUGCCGUGUUUGCUGGAAUAAUUGGAUUUUCAGGUAUGAUAGUGUAUGUGUGUGGUAUUGGAUACCUGGUGUUCCGAAAAAAUAAGAAGGCUACACACCUUUUGGCAUUAGCAACAGCAGAAAAUGGAGAGCUGACAAAUGAUGUAGGUGGUGCAUCAAUGGAUUGCCUCCCAAGAGAAGACAUAGUUAGCAUGCAGUUGCCUCAGAGAAGGGUUACGGUAGAUGUUGACUGAUACAUAGUUGGAAUUCUGGAAAAUGAUUUUUCUUUUUGUUUGCUAAGCUAAUGCUGCUAAGGUGUGCUAUAAUAAUAAGUAACUCUUGGGGUCGUAUUUGUACAUCCAAACUAUGGAGAAUCCAGUUUAGUACCUUCAAUCUCUUGUGACUCAGUAUUUACAGUUGAAUUACCUGCAAAAUCUGCUAUGAA